GAGAUGUAACGCUCGGUAAAAGAGACGUACCACCGAUAUGAAACCAAGUUAAUAUUUUCAAUUACCCGGUAAUCGGUAACAUUUCUGCUACAGUGUCAACACGCGUACGCUGGCACUAACAUUUACACCGCAGACAGCAAACAAUAUAUUGUAGCCUGUCGCAUUUGACACGCGAACACAAGUGAAGAAAGUUCCAUUCAUCGUUCCUGGUUGCAUUCAACUGUCAAAGAAACCAGUACUACGCAUGCGUAGCACGAAAGGUCUGCAGAGUUCGUGACUGCGAUCAUACUCCAAAGAUAACGUCCAGUUUGGAACAUUUACCGUCGCCAAUGAAACGGAUUACAUAUUUUAGUUUCCAGUGGCGAAACACCGCUGAAGAAAUGGAUGUUAUUUUUUGAAAGCUGGAGAUAUUUUGACCACCGAAAAUUGUGUGUCAGUGGCACGGAGAGACCGGUGAGAAUCAGCGAUGGCGCUACACAAGGGCACGUUGGCGAUGUUUGACAACAGCGUCGGGGUCAGCGACGUCGUUCUGCUGUACCCGGUUACCGAGGACGACUUCAUCAAGAACCUCCAGACCCGCUUCGAGCAUGACCUCAUAUACACAUACAUCGGGAACGUGGUAAUUUCUGUGAACCCAUACAAGCAGUUGCCGCUUUACACACACAGUGUUAUUGAGGAGUACCGCAGCCGCAACAUCUACGAACUUCCCCCGCACAUUUAUGCAAUCGCUGAUGAUGCCUACAGAUCAAUGCGAGACAGAAAUUUGGACCAAUGCAUCAUCAUAUCAGGCGAGAGUGGAUCCGGCAAAACAGAGGCCAGCAAAGCGAUCAUGCAGUAUGUUGCCGAGGUUUCUGGGAAGGGUCAGGAGAUUGACCGGGUCAAGGAGCAGCUCCUUCUGUCAAACCCCGUCCUAGAAGCCUUUGGCAAUGCAAAAACAGCCAAAAAUGACAAUUCUUCUAGAUUCGGAAAAUACAUGGACAUCGAAUUUGAUUACAAAGGUGAUCCCAUUGGUGGCGUAAUAACAAACUAUCUUCUCGAAAAGUCUCGUGUGGCAUCUCGCAAUCCUGGUGAACGAAGUUUCCACAUAUUCUACCAGCUUCUCAGUGGCGCAGAUAAAUCUUUGCUUGAAUCUCUGAUGCUGACUCCUGAUCCUGAAAAGUACACCUUCCUCAGAAACGGAUGCACAGAGGUUUCCUCCAUAGAUGACAAGGGCAACUUUGAGAAAAUCAGAUCUGGUAUGCAGGUGAUUGGUUUUUCGGAGACUGAGGUGGAGUCCGUCUUCCAGCUGGUGGCCAGUAUUCUCAAACUCGGCAACCUCCAGUUGGUUGCCAAGAGCAACGAGGACGGCACUGACGGCUGUGACAUCGAGGACCACAGCGAGCUGUAUGCUGUGGGAGAGCUGCUGAGUUGCGAUAUGGAGGAUCUUGAAAAGUCCUUGACCAAGAGAACCGUGGAGGUGAAGACCGAGACCGUCACCACCGACCUCAGCUCGGGGGAGUUGUUUUUUUUCAUCAUCGUUUACAUUGUGUUUCAGAACAACAGCUUUGAGCAGUUCAUCAUCAACUACUGCAACGAGAAGCUGCAGCAGAUCUUCAUCGAGCUGACGCUCAAAGAGGAACAGGAGGAGUACAUCAAGGAGGGAAUUGAAUGGAUUCAAGUGGAAUACUUCAACAAUGCAGUGAUCUGUGAUUUAAUAGAAAAGAACAACACAGGAAUUCUUGCUCUACUGGACGAAGAGUGCCUGCGUCCCGGCGACGUGUCGGACUCGACGUUUCUCAAGAAACUCGACUCAAAGUGUCACGACCACCCGCACUACGAGAGUCGCAACUGCAAGAAGAACCAGUCAGACAAAACCCUCCCCUACGACGCCUUCCGCCUCAAACACUACGCCGGAAACGUGCUCUACAAAGUGGACGGAUUCAUCGACAAGAACAACGAUCUGCUGUUCCGCGGCCUGUCUAAGGCGAUGUACAACUGUGAGCACCCACUGCUGAAGACACUGUUUCCGGAAGGGAAUCCACGUCAGAAAUCUCUCAAGCGACCUGCCACAGCUGGCUCACAGUUCAAGGUUUCAGUGACAGAGCUCAUGAAAAAUCUUCUGUCGAAAAAUCCCAACUACAUUCGGUGUAUUAAGCCCAAUGAUGACAAGAAGCCAGAUGUGUUGGAUGUUAAAAUUGUCACUCACCAGGUCAGAUACUUGGGACUCCUGGAGAACGUGUGGGUUCGUCGAGCAGGCUACGCUUUCCGCCAGCCCUAUGAGGUGUUCCUGGCGCGCUACAAGAUGCUGACUCCGAUGACGUGGCCAGUGUGGCGGGACGAGGCACGACAGGGCGUCCAGCUCAUCCUGCAGAUGCAGAGCGUACCGCCCAGCGAGUACGCAUUUGGAAACACCAAGAUCUUCAUCAAGAAUCCAAAACUGCUGUUUGACAUGGAAGAGAAGCGUCGUGAAAAGAUGCACUACUUGGCCACGCUCAUUCAGAAGGUGUGGCGCGGCUGGCACCAGAAGACGAAGUACAAGAGAAUGAGGGCGAGUCAAGUCGUCAUCUCCGCUCAACUCAGGAUGUACCUGGCUCGGAAGCUUUACCUGAAGAAAAAAGUGUCGACCGUCAAAAUACAGUCCUACCUCCGUCGAUGGAUGGCUCAGCAGUUGUUGAAGGAGCUGAAACGGAAGGCUCUCGUGUUGUGGGCUGUCGGCGUCAUUCACAAGAAUUUCCUCGGUUGGCAGGCUAGAAUGAAGGUAAAGCAGAUUCGCACGGAGAGGCGACGAGACUGGGCUGUGUCCGUCAUACACAAGUAUUUUGUCGGCUGGCAAGUGCGCAAGCAAUACCACAACCAGUUCAGGAGGGUCGCAGGGCCCAAGGUUGCCAGAUUCUUCGUAUUAGCUCUGAAAAAGAAAUUCUUGUUGGAUUUGAAGGACAAGUUGCCCUCGAUAUCUCCAGUCUGCAAUGAUUGGCCGAAAUGUUCGGGUCGAUUUAAAAACGCGUCGGAGGAGUUGAGGAAAAUAUACCAUAGGUGGCGAUGUCGCAAGUAUCGACAGCGCUUCGAUUCCAACCCAAGUGCCGCGUUCAAGAUGAAGGAGAAACAGGCAGCUAGCGAACUCUUCAAGAGUAGGAAAGAUAUUUACCCACACAGCGUGGGUCAUCCAUUCAAGGGCGACUACAUUGAUCUGAAGCUGAACCACAAGUGGCAGAAACUCAGCAAAAACAGCGUCGACGAAGAUGUCGUGUUCGCCGACCUUGCCAUGAAGGUCAACCGAGCUAAUGGGAAAAUGGUGCAGUUCCUGCUGGUGAUGAGCACGGAGUCGAUUCUGGUGAUGGAGCACCGCACGAUGAUCAUCAAGUACCGCAUCCCCUUCGAGCAGAUCACCGGCAUCGCGCUCAGUCCCUACACCGACAAACUGGUCGUGUUCCACCUACAGAAACCUAAAGAAAAUGACGCCAUUCUGUGCAGAAAGGGCGACUUCAUCUUCAGCUGUGCUCACGUGGUAGAGCUCGUUGCCAAGGCGUAUCUCGCCAUCCAGAACCACGUGGGCAAACCGCCAGACGUAAAGAUAGCGAACCAGUUACAGGCCGAUUUCAAAGGUCACAACGUAGACAUCAUUUUCAGAAAAGCCGACCCAAACGUGCAGAAGGACGGGAUUUUGAGGUUGAGUCGCAAAGGAAACAAACUUGAUGUAUUUGAACCAUGAUUUUUAAAAUUAAGAAAACAAAAUCCAAUACGAGAAGAACGGUGCAGAAAAAGGUAUAGAAGAAUCGCUGCAUGAUGCCUCAUAAGAAAAAUACGGAACUGUUGUCGCUGAACCAUGCCAAAAAAAACAAAUCAUUGCAUAAUCCAGGACCUGAUUGGUCAGUGUGGAGAUGAUCUCACUGUCGUCUGUUUCGAUUGGCCAACGAUCAACCAGUGGCUGAAUUUGAUUGGAUAAUAAUUACCAGGAACGAAUGGACGUUGAUUGGUUUAUGAUUUAUUACCUGUAGCAGGAUUGGCCAAUGAUUACCGGGGAAAGAAUUUGGUUACGGAACAUUGAUAACGGAAUUUCAUUUGUUAAUCGGGAUAAAACAAAUUAAUCUCAUUCCUAACAUACAAAGGUCUCAUGAUAAAAUUUGGUUUUGGCAAAACGUAUUGCCAACUGAUUGAGUCAUUUUGUCAUAAUUUGCAAAAAUAUAAUGGUUUGGAUUUCGCUGCAUAAUAAAAACUAACCAAUCAAAUAUUAGCAACCUUAAAAUGAUUUUCUUAUUAACUCAUAACAAGUUGGCUAUUACAGAUUCUCAAUCAUGUGGUGUACUAAAUAUGACUAAUACAUUUAUCAUCAGCAACAAAAAUGUAAGUUUCAUGAUCUUUGUUUUUCUACCAAUGUUUUUUCAUGGGUUGCUAAUGUUUUGUGAAUUUAGUGUAGUCAUCAUAAUUUUGAACAGCCUUUCGGUUAUAUACGAGAGACCAUCAUAAAUUUUGUAACAUUUUGUAAGUUAGGUGUUAGAUUAUCAUGAAUUCUGUGAUCGGAUUGGUUGAUGGUGAUAGGACAUUGUUAUUAUGAAUGUCAUUUUAUGACCCGAGGUGAAAAGGUUAUGAAAUGGACGGGACCAGGAUGUGAUUGCAGAUUAUUUUCAUAUAUAUAUUUUUUAGUUUUUAUUAUUUUAAUUUUUUUAAAUUAUUAUUAUUAUUUUAUUUAUUUUUUGCAUAUUUGUUACUAGUUUUAAAAAAUUCUGAUUUGUGUUCUUUUCUUUCUUUUUUUUAAAUUUUUUGUUGAAGGUUUGGGUGUUUUGCUCUCAUACUCUUUGUAACAUGAUAUAGACAUUUGAUUUAAUCUUGUGUAGCAUACAGAACAUGGACAAUUUGCUGUUGACUGCAAACCUUUCCACAAGGGAAAAGUUAAGGAUAAAAUAUGUUAGAAGCAUUUUCACUCUAUUUGGAGUGAAAUAAGGUUUUCCAAACAACAGGGUGUGUAUGCAUCCUCACUCCUUCUGGAAUCCACACCUGAAGAAAUAACCAAAUAAAUAAAUGUAUAUUUUAAAUAUUACUCGAGCAAAAACAUGGUGCUGUUCUCAAUGUAAUAAGCUGUAUUAAAGGAUGAACAUACAUUAAAUCCUCAGUAGUUGUUUUGUUCCCAGUAUUUUGUCCUUGCGGUAAAGGUCAUGGUCAUGGCUGUUGAUAAGGUCCCAGACGAGUUGAAGAUUACAGUCAUAUUAGAUAAACUCUGGUUUAUAGUUCCUUUAAUUUUGUUUUUAAACUUCUGCAGUUAAAAUGUAACAAUACACAUUUAUGCAGCAAUUAUUAUAUCGGUAAAUCUGGAAUAAACAGAGUUUUAAUUACCGUACACAGAUUACAUUAGUAAUUAAUUAAAAUGUUGAGGGUUUUGUUGCUGAAUGUUUAAUUGUUUAUUGUUUGUUGGUUUUGUUUAUUGUUUUUCUCCCAGUGUUCAUAAUUAAGAUACUGUUGGGCUAAUUCUUUUUAAUUAUUAUUUUUUUUUUUUUUAAUUCAUUCUUCUUACUUAUAAGUAGAAGUUUGCCCUUGAUUGUUAAUUAAAACUAAUGCAUUUUCAUUUAUCCACCAUUUUUUAUUUUAAAAUUUAUAUAUAUAUGUUGGUUUCAUGAACCACAUAAAAUUGGAUGCUUUAAUUGUACAGUACAUGCCAUUUCCAAUAUUCUUUUCAUUCCAUAAUUUUUUACCAUAAUCUUAAACCAAAAUCAAAAUAUUUUAAUUUUUAUCCAUCCUCCAUCAUACUUCUCAAAAUUCCCCACGAUUCAUCAAAUAAAACUGAACGAUCUGAUUGGCUGUCAGCGAUUAUUAAAGAUCAGGUGAUGCCUUUCAAAAUGAUGACAUGGUUCGAGAGUAAAUAUUUCUCGACAAACGGUUUUCUCAGAAGACCUCAUUUAAUGGUGCCUUGGUUGAUGUGCAACUUAUGCAAGUGUUGAGAAAAUGUAUAUGUCUUACAGGUUGUUUUUUUCAUCUCGCGUUUACUAAGUUAAAAGGUGAGACAGAGGUAUUACCUUUCCGACAGCUGUGGCAUCAUCAACGUUUGCAUUAAAGGUUAACAUUAACUGUGUAAGUCCUAGUUUAACGAACCUUGCAUCUAUGGAUAUUAAUCACAGUGCACCAACUUUAUUUUUUUUAUGGUAGGUGAAACAUUUAGUUCAGCGGAAUUCUUGAAUUAACAUUAGUGGAAUUAGUCACCGUACUUGAGAGAUACUUUUGUGUGGAUGGUUUUGCUUUGGGUUUUUUUUUUUUUUUUAACAAAAUGCAUAAAUGUAAAAACCUUUUCUAAACUGAGACAUAAAUGAUCACACCGUCUCAGUGUUUCAUUAUAAUCCAUAUGUGUUUGAGCUUUCAAUGAAAUGAGAAAGAUUGUUUAUACAAUAUUUAUCUUUUUCUUGUCAAAAUAAAGUAUUGUUAUAUUAUACAAUGGAUUUUAAAAUCUAACAAAAAUAUUACUUGUACCGGUACCGUAAGAAUAAAAAAAAAUUGUUUGUUUUUAAAUCAAAAUAUAACCAACAAUAGCACAAGACAGUUUUGUAAUGAUGUGUUGCUAGCCAGAGUAAAUUCACAGUUGUAGACAUAUUCUAGAAACCAUAAUACAUUAAUCUGUUUUAAUUUCGGUCCUUCCAUUUUGUUUACUAGUAUGUAUUUGACAUCACUAACGUCAUGUCAUUUUUGUAUUGUAUAUUCCUGUUUAUAUGUUGAGUUGUUUUAAUUACUAUGCAAUAUUUAUUACGUGUGUACAGUAUUUGUCUGCUACUGAAGAUAGCCAGCGCUUAUCUUUGUUUUGUGAAAGUAGAGUUUGCCAGGAUGGUGAGUUGCCUCCCCUUAGUGGGUGGAAGUAAGUGGUUUGUUCCCUUUGUUGUGUGGAAGAAGAGUGCCUUCAAUACUGUGAAACCCAUUUAAUAAAACUGUAGACAUUGACAUUUUUCAGAUAUGAACUUUUUUUAUUUAUUUAAUUAUUAUUAUUAUUUGUAUUAAUGUAAAUGAAAACCCAGUCAGUGCUGUUAGUAGCCUAAUUAACUCUAUUGUCUUCGCAAAGAUUUGAUUUUGACAAAGAUAAUUUUAAAGACAAUAUCUUAAGAUCUGAGAGAAAAAAGAAAGAGUUAAGUACUUUAAUGCAAACACCUGUGUAUUUUCUCUGAUGUUACUAGAUCUAGGAAAUACUCUGUUUCCAUAAAUGUGUUCUAUAUGUUAUUUACAUGUUGGUUAAAACAUUUAACGAAACUGGCAGUUUCACCUGCAGAUAGUUACUCUUUUGUUUAAAUAUCAUUAAUGGAUAAAUUAUGGUCUUCUUUUUUUCACCAAGGUUUAUAUGCAUUUUACAAUUGUUUCACUUUGAUAUAUAAUGGAGGGAUGGGAUAUUGAUAUACAAUGGAUGACAUGGGGGUGCAUUGCCUUCCAAUAAAUAUUACUUGUUACUUUUCAGUAGUUAUGUUGUUGGUGUCAAAAUGUAUCUAAUGCAAUUUUAUUCUCGUUUUUCUUCUAGUUUUUUUUUUUUUAAGGGGAAAGGGGGUAUUUAUAUACUGGUAAAAUUAAUUUCAAUAUUUAACAAAAAACGUUUGGAGCAGACUUUAUUUAUGUAUACACAUGUUCAGAAUUCAGGUUUUCUUGUUCUACCUAUCAAGGAUACCAGAAGUUUUAUAUAUGUAAAAAUAGUUUUUGUUUGUGGAAAGCUUAUAAUCAACUAUCUUUGCUAACACCUUGGUAACAUUAAAAAUAAUCAAAUAGCUUCAAAGCAUGUACAGAAUUGAUUGCAUAACAUUUGAUGAGGAAUAAUGUAGUUUCAUAAAGUUAUUAGUUUCCUGGUCUAGUGAAACAGGCCAAUGCUGUAAAGCAUACAAAGAUAAAUUUAUCUUCAAAAUGCCUAAAGGUGUUUUGUUACCAAGGUGACAGCAUUAAUUAAUUUCAUCGAGCUACAGUGCUAAUCAAUAACCUGCAUUUUUGUUAAUACUAUUCAUCUGUGCAUACAGCUGUUUUUUUAAUUGUGUUCAUCUAUUAAGUGUCUGUAUUAUUAUAUGGAUAACAUUUAGUAUCCAGAGUAAAAGUCAUUUUAAAAAAGUA